AUGAACUUGAGGCUGCAAAAUCUGAGAUUAAGAAGUGGCAUUUUUCAUUUCAAAAUGAACCUUUUAUAUCUGCUGGGACCACUCCAGCUUGAAAAAGCAAAGAAAAAGGAAGUUGCAUUCAUUGUCACAUUUGCAAAACGAGAACAAGAGAUAGCAGAGUUGAAGUUGGGGAUGAAUUUUGAACUUGUUAGAUCAAAUUCAACGAUUCUCCAUGUCUUCCCCUUCAAUUCUGAGAAAAAGCGAGACGGUGUUGCUGUGAAACGGAUGGACUCUGCAGUACAUAUACAUUGGAAAGGAGCUGCGGAGAUUGUUUUAGAAACUUGUACUCAAUAUGUUGAUUCUGAUGGUCACUUGAAAUCUAUUAAAGAAGAAAAGGUCAAUCCUCACACUCACCAGCUGAAGCUUUGUGACUUUGGGAGUGCAAAAGUUUUGGUCAAAGGGGAACCAAACAUAUCUUACAUCUGUUCUAGGUACUAUAGAGCUCCUGAGCUUAUAUUUGGUGCAACUGAGUACACCACGGCCAUUGAUAUAUGGUCAGCUGGUUGUGUACUAGGUGAACUAUUGCUUGGCCAGCCUCUCUUUCCUGGCGAGAGUGGAGUAGAUCAGCUUGUUGAAAUUAUCAAGGUUUUAGGCACCCCAACAAGGGAAGAAAUCAAGUGUAUGAAUCCUAAUUACACUGAGUUCAAAUUUCCACAAAUUAAAGCUCAUCCA